GCAGCGUCCGCUGCCAACGAAUCAUUGCAAUCAGAGUUUUCCUUUUUGCCAAAGAUAGACCUACCCCAUUUACCUACGAGCUAAUAAGCAAGCACAAAAGCUUUGCAUAAUUUACUGUCUCGCAUUCUCUGCUCAGCUCCCAUCCUUUGACAUCAGCAAUGUCCGAAGUGGAAGAAACUAUCAAGCGCCUUUCCUCUCACAAGGGAGUCGAGGGUAUCGUCAUUGUCAAUAUGGAAGGCAUCCCAAUUCGAACAACUUUGGACAAUGACAAGACAGUUCAGUAUGCUGCUCUGAUAACGCAGUUGACAGCAAAGGCUAGGAGCGUCGUGAGAGAUUUAGAUCCGCAGAAUGAUUUGAGUUUCCUCAGAAUACGGUCAAAGAAGCAUGAAAUUAUGGUCGCACCUGAUAAAGAGUAUAUUCUGAUUGUCCUGCAAAAUCCGCACAAUCAAUAAUAAGAAAUUGUUGUCGUGAAACUGGUCCUUAUGUAGGGGAAAAGGAAACAGACGGACCCAAAGGCAUUUAAAGAAUAAAUUCUUUUGUAUUCGUCCUUCUCUGUAAAUAAUAUCUAAAAGCUCUGUCCUAAAGUUUAUGUUGUC